GCUUCAAGGGACUUGCUCGAAUCUACUCGGCUGGCGCUCGAAGCCCGCGAUUUACAAAAACUGCUGCUAGACAAGUGAAAUAGUAGCAAUAAAACCUUCUUUUUUACUUAACUAACCUGCUGGAAUCGUGUCAAAGUUGUGCUGACAUUACGGUAACGUCAACUUGGAAUAAAGUCGUUCAAAAUUGCAGCGACAACCCUGCUAUUUCAGAACCAAACAGAGCUCGGCAGCGUUGUUUGUAGUGGCAGUAACGUUAGCAGAUGGCUAGUUAGCCAGUUGGCUCAGGGGACGUUACCUUGUCAACUAGCGUCAACUGAAACUCCUGUGCCCACUAACAGCUAGGAAACACAAGCCGCACAGUUCCUUUCUACGACUUGGGCUGGAUAACCAACAGCAAUGUCGCUAUCGACUGAGGCUCAUUUUGGGGUGAGCCAAAGCAGCAGAGAUAAAGGAGACACUAUUUGUGUGGUGCCGGACCUCUUCUCUGAUCUCCUGGAAGAUGACUUUGACCUGAAUAAGUCCUACCCAUGCACUCAGAGACCACUGUACAAGAAGAGCCUUUUGGCAUUGCAACGUCGUUAUUAUCCUGGCUCCUUGACAGGGGAACGUUUGGAUGUUUGCACUUCUGUGGCAGCGAGAAACCACCAAAUCUCUAGCUUACAUCCUGGCUCUGCUGUCUCCCUGCCACACCGGUCCACUGUGUCAGAGACAGAGGAAAGCUUGUUCAGUCAGCUAAUCUCCAGAGAUUUUGGCCUGUCAGGAUCUCCAUCUGCCCUCAACCCAAACAAAGUCAUUCUUAUUGUCAACCAUAAAACCAGAGAGAUUUUGUCAGCAAAUGAACAGGCCUGCAAACUGUUUGAGUGCACCACCAAUGAGCUGGUUGGAAAAAAGCUGUCCUGUAUUUUGAAGAAAACCAGUCAGGUCCUGGAAGAAGCAUUGGAAGAAGAUUUUCUGCUAGUGGAUGGAACUGUUGCGGCUGUGUCUGGAAAAGUGGUGGAUGUUGUGACAUUAUCUGGAGAAGUGCCAGUGUCGGUGUGUACCCACAGACAGUCACAAAAUGAAGAGCACUGCCUUGUCAUGAUCGGAAAUGUGGAAAGGGUAUCAGCCUUUCUUUCCUUUUCAGAAGAUGGCAGCAUCCUAACCUGUGACUUGGCGUUUGCCCAACUCCAUGGAUACCACCAUCCUGACGAGCUAAAAGGAGUGUCUGUUAAGGAGCUAAUCCCCUCUUUACAAAUCCCCCUCCACUGUAAUGCAUUGCCCAAAAUGCUGAGGGUUCAGAGAGUGUAUGGUAAAAGCAGAGGGGGUGCAUCAGUCCCGCUGUGCAUCAAACUUCAGGGGGAAGUGGUAUGCGCGAGGCCCCAACACCAAAACAGCGGGACUGGUUGCACCUGCCCAACAGAGACUCUUGAAAGAUCAGAUGGACAGGACAAGCAGCAAUGCUCUCCUCUCACCUCCUCUGUGUGCAAGUCAGUUGGCUCAAACCCUGAACUCUGUGAGCAACCUCAUGGAAAAGAGCCAUCCUCUGAAGACAAAGUGGGCAGCAUUGUCCUCUCCCCCACCCCUGCACUGGAGUUCUCUGGAACAGUUUGGGUGUUUGCUCCUCUGAGCGGUCUCCUCCUGCUCCACUCUGAUGGCUCAAUCUACAGCAUCCACAACCACCUGGCUUUCAGUCUGUUUGGCUACAACAAGGAUGAGCUGCUGAGAAAGAGUGUCACUUUUUUGAUUCCUGGUUUCUAUGGAUGGAUGUCUGACUCAGACAGGAAGGCCAGCCCCUUCUCUGAUUCUCAAGCAGAGGCUAGUAAAAGUACUGCCUUAUCCAAAAUAUCAGGGAAAUCUGACCCUUCCUCACUGGUGGCUGGUGAUAUGGCCAUGGUGCAACAUGCCAUCCUGGGAAGAACCUCCACAGGGAGAGGCAGGAUCUUCACUGGAACCAGCACCAGGCUGGAAAAACAGGGCAGCGCUUUGUCUACGCUUUCUCCUCCUGCUGUCACCUCCACACGUGUGGUUAUGGCCGAUGACACUACAGAGAUCAUGGAGGAGGCAGCCCAGGUUGCUCUCUGUAGUAGCCAGCUGGACAGUGCAGACAUCACUCAGGCACUCCUAAAGACAUUUGCCUGGGUGGAACCUCCAGAAGAAGACACCUUCUGCCCGCUUCCCACCGAACCACCACCCCAUAACCGAGACCAGCAGCAUGGCAGUAAGGUUCAUAAAAAUAAUCAACCUGCGAUCAAGAUUAACCCAGACACUCCCACUCUGAAUGGACAUGCUGUUGGCAGGGUGGGUGGCACCUCUCCCGAUGUAUGCAAAGACCACCGCUCAUGUGCCUCUGUCCUCCAAGACUCCAGCUUUGAGGUCAUCUCACUGCAGAGCAGGUCAUCCUCUGGUUUCUGUGAAAACUUUGCUGGCCAUGGUGGUUCUGAUCCAGGCCAGACAGAGGACUCUCGCUCAGCACACAUAGUGGACUCAGCCAGCUGUUUCCUGGACCUUAACAGCAAUGGUGAUCUGGUGACCCGUGCCCUGGCUGACCUGGAUCUGAGCAGUAGUAUAGAGCUGCUCAGCGGCGGAGGGUACAACGAUGAUAACCAACACUCCAUGACGUCCUGCGAUACAGCUGAGCUCCUGCGUACACCCUCCCCAUGUGUGGUAGGGUCUGACCAGGAAUCGGAGCCUGUUGAGAAUGGGAACGCUGGUGUAGAAGCCAGAAACUGCUCAAGUGGAGAGCAAGAAGAAAAAGACCAGGGCGGGCAGGAUCAGUGGGCAGCUCUCUCUUCAAUUCAUAAAGAUAAGAGCCAAGGGUUCUGCAUGCAAAUGAACAGUGGGAUUCAGCCAAUAACAGACAUUCCUGCCACAUCUACUCCUAAGAAACAAAAGGUGAAUGGACACAAGCGCUCAUCAGACAGUACACAGAUACUGGAGGGGCGGUACAAAGGAAGCGCGUACCACAGAGAUGGCACGAGAGUAGAUGUGCAGUGUGAUGUGUGCAGGAUUAACCUCCCUGAUGGGAGCUCCAUGUUCAGUGUGUGGAUGAGUAGGCCUGGCCAGCAGGGGACACUGUUGCAAACAGAUCGAUCCCUGCACAACCAAUCAGGAGCCAGUCUAGGAGAGAGGAUUGGUGAGGCCGGUCAUGGGGAGGCAUUACACACCACCAUGGACCUGGAGCAGUCUCGAGCCUGUGAUGGGCAGUUUCAAGAAGAGUACCAGCCUCUUAAAGCUGUGGGUAAAGGAGCCUUUGGUUUUGUCUGGAAGGCAAUAAGGCGAAGUGAUGGACAAGAAGUGGUAGUGAAGUUCAUUAGCAAGGCCAGGAUAGUGAGUGACUGCUGGGUAGAUGACCCCAUGCUGGGACGAGUCAGCCAGGAGAUUGCCAUACUGACACGAGUACAGCACCACAACAUAGUAAAGGUGCUGGAGGUGUUUGAGAAUGGGAGUUACUUCCAGAUGGUGAUGGAAAAACAUGGAGAUGGCUUGGACCUUUUUGAAUUCAUAGACAUGCAGCCAAGGCUGGAUGAGCCCCUGGCCAGCUACAUCUUUAGACAGCUGGUGGCCGCUGUCUUCUAUCUGAGGACUAAGAACAUCCUUCACAGGGACAUAAAAGAUGAGAACAUCAUCAUCGACAAAUGUUUCCACAUUCGAUUGAUAGACUUUGGCUCUGCUGCCAUGAUGGCUCCCGGGAAGCUCUUUUACAAUUUCUGUGGCACACUGGAGUACUGCUCCCCGGAGGUGCUUCAGGGAAAUCCCUAUGAGGGUCCAGAGCUGGAGAUGUGGUCUUUUGGUGUGUUGCUCUACACUCUGCUAUUCAGUGAGAACCCUUUCUGUGGUGUGGAGGAGAUCCUGGAUGCCAAACUAAAGCCCCCGUUCCCUCUUUCCACAGACCUGCAUGAUGUGUUAUCUGGGCUGCUGCACAAUGAUCCCGCUAAGAGAAUGACUCUGGACCAGCUGCUGCUGCAGUCCUGGAUCAGCCAGCCCAUUUCCCUGGCAGAGUACAGCUGGACUGAGGUGGUACCUGCAAUUCAGAGCCACUGCCCACCACAGCACCAGGAAUUCAGUCCUAAAGUGUACGUCAGACAAGGCUUGUUCCUGGAUCAAUGUGAUGAGACUCUUCCUGAUGAUGAGGAGGAGGAGGAGGAAGAUGAGGAUGACAGGCUGUCAAUGGUGGCCCUGGAAACAGAGCUUCAGAAGUACCUCCAUGAGGAUUAAAUUUGUCCAACAUUUUAGCCUGCAGCAGUGCAAAGAGGACAUGUGCAAAAUAAGAAAAGGGAAGUUUGUCUUAGUCUAAGGCCA